UUGGCCUCUAGGAGGCAGGGACAGCAGGCCCGGCCAGCCUAGAGGACACUCUGUCCACAGUGUCAAUGAGGACGCCGCUGGCCCAUGUCCCGCAGGGAUGUAGAGGGCAGCCUCAGAGGCACUGGGCGCUCCCGGCACCAUGGAUGACGCUGCCGUCCUCAAGCGACGAGGCUACAUCAUGGGGAUAAAUUUGGGAGAGGGCUCAUACGCAAAAGUCAAAUCUGCUUACUCUGAGCGCCUGAAGUUCAACGUAGCGGUCAAGAUCAUCGACCGUAAGAAAGCCCCCACGGACUUCUUGGAGAAAUUCCUUCCCCGGGAAAUCGAAAUUCUGGCCAUGCUAAACCACCGCUCCAUCGUCAAGACCUACGAGAUCUUCGAGACAUCAGAUGGCAAGGUCUACAUCGUCAUGGAGCUCGGGGUCCAGGGCGACCUCCUCGAGUUCAUCAAAACCCGGGGAGCCCUGCACGAGGACGAUGCUCGAAAGAAGUUCCACCAGCUCUCCUCGGCCAUCAAGUACUGCCACGACCUGGACGUCGUCCACCGUGACCUCAAGUGCGAGAACCUUCUCCUCGACAAGGACUUCAACAUCAAGCUGUCCGACUUUGGCUUUUCUAAGCGCUGCCUGCGGGACGACAGUGGCCGAUUGGUAUUAAGCAAGACCUUCUGCGGGUCGGCAGCAUAUGCGGCCCCCGAGGUGCUGCAGGGCAUCCCCUACCAGCCCAAGGUGUACGACAUCUGGAGCCUGGGCGUGAUCCUCUACAUAAUGGUCUGUGGCUCCAUGCCCUACGAUGACUCCAACAUCAAGAAGAUGCUGCGCAUCCAGAAGGAGCACCGCGUCACCUUCCCACGUUCCAAGCACCUGACAGGUGAGUGCAAGGACCUCAUCUACCGCAUGCUCCAGCCCGAUGUCAACCGGCGGCUGCACAUCGACGAGAUCCUCAGCCACUGCUGGGUGCAGCCCAAGGCAAGGGGCCUGUCCUCUGCAGCCAUCAACAAAGAGGGGGAGAGCUCCCGGGUCACAGAGUCCUCAGGGACCCCGGAGCCCGACUCUGAUAAGAAGUCCGCCACCAAGCUGGAGCCUCAGGAAGAGGUACAGCCCGAGGCACAACCUGAGACGACACCCGAGGAGGAGGCAGUGCCCAAGCCUAGGUAUUCGGAGACCCAGGGCUUGACCGCUGAGCAGUCAGCCAGGGAGAUAGAGGAAGAGCCCCCCCCACAGCCUCCAGAGACACAGACCUAAUGAGCCUCUCGCGGCCCAGGGGGCCAGCGGGAAUGAGGCAGAGCUCUCGGCUUCAA